AACAAACAGGAACAACCUCAAAGACGACAAUUUUACUCAAGACUACAGCAGGCAGAACACAGUUUCCAUCUCCGACUGGUACGUGCUUCAAAUUCAAUAUUAGGGUUUUUAUUUUAUUUGAAAUUCAGUGCCUCAGACAUGGAAAAACGGCUAUAUUUAGCUUCAUCGUCAUCGUCAAAAUCAAAAUCAAUUCCUCCCGAUUUGAUCUUUGAUAUUUUCACGAGACUCCCCUUCAAAUCUCUUAUUCGUUUUAGGUGUGUUUCCAAGCGCUGUUACUCCAUCGUUCCCAAUCCAUCUUUUGUAAAUUUACAUGCUAUUCGCUUUCCAUUCAAACCACUCGGCUUGCUCAUCACCUGCCCCACCACACUCCAAACAGGCCAGCGUUUUUUCUCCGUUGACUUCAACGGCGGAGCUGCCGUUGAUCUCCUCACUAUCCCUCCUCGCUUCUCUCGGUACUCCACCCACUCUGUUAACGGUUUAGUUUGUAUGGAUUUCGGCAUUUGCGCCACUAUAUGUAAUCCCAGUAUGAGGCAAUCUGUCGAUGUUCCAUUGAUUUGUUCGUUAAACUCUCCGUUGGUAAAUUCAACAUAUUAUUGCGUCAAUUCAUUUGGUUUUGACCCUAUUAGUAAGCAAUACAAAGUUCUAAAUUCGUGGGGUAUUCCUGGUAGAGAAACUGAGUAUAGGGUCUUCACCUUGGGGACUAAUUCAUGGAGGCUAGUUAGCGGUGGGCCGCCUUGCUACCCUCAACGCCAAAGCAUUUGUGUAGAUGGGAUUGUGUAUUUAAGAAGUUGUACUUUCAUGUGUAGUGAAAAUGGAAAUGUUCUGGUGGCGUUUGAUUUGCAGACUGAAAGUUUUAGUGUGAUUACAUUGCCUGAACGGGCUCCAGAAGAUGGCCGAAAGUCUGAUUUGAUUGUGUUUAGAGGGCGGCCGGGUCUAGUCAGUUAUCGGAUUGAUAAUAUAACUCCACAGGAGGAGCAGAAUUACAUUGUUGUGGGCACUGUCCCUUCAGGCGAGAUCUUACUGGUACCGAAGAUUUUAUCAAGUCAUCUUUUUGUUGUUUAUUAUGAUACUGAGAAAAACUGUUCAAGGAAAGUUAUUAUAUCUGGGCUUCCUGAGUAUCGGCAGAAUGAUUUAUUUUCUAAUAUCGUAAGUUUCACCAAUUAUGAGGAAAAUAUUUUGUCAUUUAGGUAGAUGGGAAGGGCUUCCUGGCUCACAGAAUUCGACUUUCUGUGGGAAAGGGAACACAUUUCGUGGUUCUGCUUUUGUUGUAAUUUUAUCUUGUAGAUGUUCAAGGCUAAUGGAUAAGUAAUCCAUUUAUCAACAUUUUCACCUUGAUCAUAAUGGCAAAAAAUUAUUUUCAUUUCUGCAA